CUUACAAGUUGUCCGGCUCGUGAUCGAAAUGUAGUAGGGAAGGAAAUUGUUUGCGGUUAUAACCUCACAAUCCUUCGAUUUCUUUUAAAUAAUUCGUAAAAAACAGGCAAAUUCCUCUUAUCAUUUUAACAAUUAAAAAAUAAUACAAGUGACUCUCGGUGAUUUAAACUUCCGGUCAAACUUUUCUGAAAUGGACGUCGAUCCUUGUCAAACAGAGUUUACUGCACCGGGCUGCAGUCAACUUGCAAUUAACCUACCUACAAUCGACGAAAAUUUAGCGAGCGAAUCUAAAACUCCCAAGCAAAGACUGAUUGAACUGCUGGAUAUAUUAGAAGGUCACGUUGAGAAAUUACGCAAAGAUGCGAUUAAAUUAGAGGACGAUCGGGAUGCCCUGCUGGCUUCUUUGGAUUCUGUCAAGAAUGCUAACUUGUUAGCAGAACUAUCUGAGAAUGAUCGUGAUGAUGUUUUACAUUUUGCCGAUCGAAUAGUAAAUAGGUGCCUCACUGUGGAGCUACAAAUCAAUACACAAAGAGAUCGACCGCAAGAGGAGGCACUUCAUCAAAUUAACCAUUUGAUUGAUGGGUUAGUAGUUGGCAUGAAGAUCGACGCCGAGGUAAUGAGGUCAAAGUGCAUCGCAUACCUAAAUUCCUGUUCUUCGCACAAUGUGCAAGGCAUACUUGAUAAGAAUUUCGAAUCUCUACUUUUAGGAUGUACUGUUGAUGAUCAAAAGCGUGUAAAAAAAAGAUUGCAGGGCUUGCACGACUAUAUCAAUAAACUUAAUGUAAUUAGCGAUGAUGAGUAGGUAGUUGGCCUAACACUCUUGUAAAAUUUAAAUAAAUACACUGUUCUAGAUAAAGCAUUUAUUGCAGUAUUCCACUUAUGUAAUGCACUUUUAUAUGCAAAUUUAUCUGUAAUUCUUAAAUAAAGAAACUACGCAUUUUGUUAUUUACUCUAUACCCAGAA